AUGGUCAACUUUGCCAUGGACGGGAUCAAUGGGCUCGACUUGCCGUCGGAGUCGUCGACGCGGCGCCAGCUCCAGGCCAUGAGUUCCAGCGACAAUCAAGACAGCAGUCGCAAUCACGGCAAGUUCUUUACGCUCAGCAGCAUGAGCGUCAGUCACAUGGCUGGCAAAGCGUCGCCGAUUGCCACGCCGUUCGUGUACGGGACCCCAGUGGACAAGAACUACAAGACGUGGCCGUUCGUCACAGUAGCGGCCUGUGCAGCAGUGGUCGUGUUUACGAUCAUCUACCACGAGCUGCCCGAGUACCGCACGGGCUUACGCUACCACCUCUACGCUGCCUUUGGCUCGAAAACUGUCAAGGGCCAAUGGAUCGGUGGACGGCGUGAGGUUGUCGAGUUCCUCGUCAAUUACGUCUUGAUUGGCCUGCCGUUCAUGAUUGGCGGCAUGGCCCUUGCUCUGGGCAAUGCCAUGCCGCCUGUACCGACUGGAGCCCAUCGCACGGCCAUGCGCUUUUUAAAGCGCAAGAUGCUGGUGGGCAGCGUCAACAUGUCGUACGCCGAGUCCAUGUGCACGCUCGUGUUUCUAGGUCUGAAUGCCAUUUGGUUUGCGGCCGUGUUGUCCCGAAAUUACCGGAUUCUCGCAACUGGCGCAAAGAUGAUGACUCCUGCGUUCCUCUUCCGACUCGUGGGGACAGUGCUGGGCUUCAACGCUGUGCUCUGUUUCUCGCUGCUGCUCAUUCCUGCCACGCGGAAUUCCUUCUGGAUGAUUUCAAUGGGCAUUGACUACCCGCACGCGAUCAAGUACCACCGCUGGAUUGGGUUCUUUACGGUUGCAAUCGUGAUGCUGCAUGCGAUGCCGCAGUAUUACGUCUGGUACAAGAGCGGCACGUUCAUCGAGUCGUCGUUUCCUUGCAUGGACUGCGACUACGGCACAGUCGGCAAGAGACGAUUUGAGAACUUUUGCGGUCAAUUGGCACUGCUUUGCUGUGUCAUCAUUGGCGUGACGUCGCUCGGUCCGAUCCGCCGCCGGUACUAUGCGCUGUUUUACUACUGCCACCACCUCUUCGUGCUGGUGCUUUUCCUCGGAGCACUGCACUUUUCGCGAUUUGUCAUCUGGAUGUACCCGGCCGUGUGUCUCUAUGUCAUGCACCGUAUCUUGGCUCGCAGUCAGAGUCGCAUGCCAUGUGAAGUUGUGGAUCUGGAAGCGAUUCCUGGCGAGAUCACGCGCUUGGUGUUCCGCCGUUCACCGGGCAAGUCGGGUCAUUACCAUGCUGGUCAAUUUGUUUACCUGCGUAUUCCGCUGCUGUCGCAUAUACAGUGGCAUCCGUUCAGCAUUAGCUCGUCCCCGAUCGAGUACGAAGACACGUUUACCGUGCACGUAAAGUGCGUAGGCAAGUGGACCAAGUCGUUGUAUGCUGUGGCCAUCCAAGCGCGGGAAGAGCGCAAGAUGCCGCUUAUUUACGUCGAUGGCUUUUACGGCAAAAUGUCGGACGACUUCCAGCACUACCCGGCGCUCGUGUUUGUAGCUGGUGGUGUGGGGGCUACACCGAUCAUUAGCAUUAUCGGCAAGAUCCUCGAUUGCAUGCGCAACAAUGACCCGAACGUCGAGUUCACGCAGGUGUACUUUCACUGGACGUCCCGCGAAGUUGGCAUCUUUCACGAGUUUGAGCCUUUGCUGGAUGCUAUCGAGCAGUACGAUCCGAGCCAUGUCAAGGUCAAGACUUGUCUCUACUUUACGGGUGACCAGCACUUGGGUGGCGUGGAUGUCCCGAGCGGGAUCAUGCUGAAGCCCAUGGACGAUACGAGCAUGGUCCCCACGCGGCCGUUCUAUCAAGCGUCGCGGUCCGUGCCCCGUCAAAUGUUGCUGUUUUUCGUGACUUUCACGUGCAGUUUCUGGUGUCUGUUUCUCGUUCGGUACGACUACCCGAUCCUGGGGCCGCUGCGCGUGAAUCAGCACUUGUGGCCGAUACAGCGCAUUGCCGAAGUUCUCAUUGUGAUCGUGGGCGCUAGCAUCGGCUGGAUUGUGGUGUUCACGGAGCCUACGCCUCGAUCGAUGAGUCGGUUGGAAAAGUCGCGGCUUGUGCCUACGUAUACCAGCUACGGACCGGGAGAUACGAUGACACAUUUCGACCGCUCGUCAGAGUACUCGCGGUCGCACUCGGUCGAAGGACAGGAAGUCGCUUUUCGCCACCCCGUGAAUCGCUCACGACUAGACGUGCUGCAGCUGUUCAACGAAGUGGUCAAGGAACAAGCCCACAACUUUGUUGUCAAUAUUACGGGCAUUGGUACUUGGGUAUCAGGUCCUUCGAGUCUAAUUCGCUCGGUGGAGGUCGAGGCCUCUAACUUUGCUGGCAUCUUUGAUGUGCAUUAUGAGCAGUUUGAGAUGUAG